GUCGCGCAACAUUAAACAAUAUGCUUCGAUCUCUUUUGGCAACUGCUACAUAAUUGAAUCUGUGAGAGAAGCGCGCGCGCGCCAAGCCAAGCACAAAGGUAAAGAAAAAAAGUUGUCGAGUGAGAAACGCGAACGCAAUAUGCGCGCAUUUCACUAUCGAAACAAAACACAUAAUAAAGAUGACGAAGCCGAUGAAUAGUCGAGUCGAAGAAGAAGGAAAAAAAUAUACACACAUUACGCGAAUGCAUGCAUCGCGUAAUUUCUCGUAGAGCAGCAGCAGCAGCAACAACAACAACAGCAUCGGCGACAACAACGAAAAAGGAAAAAAAAGUCACAAAAAUAAGGCAGCAGUGCUGCAAAAAUAGCAUGAAAAUACACAACAUCGACUGUAUGUAUUCUCGGAGCAAAUGUUUGGUUAAUGCGAUGGUAUUUGUUUGGCAUAUCACAGAAAACUUCAGUUUCCAAUCCGGACUGAGCCGAGCCUGUGUUUAUCUUUCAUACAGGAGAGAGAACAAGCGACAAACAAACAGAGCAGAGCAACGAGCAAAAAAACACGUAAAGUCUUUUGCGCACUGUGCAGUCUACAGAGCAUGCAUCACAUACCAAUGCAAAAACACUCCGACCGCACGGUCUCAACGUUGUUUUUCAAGCAAUAAACAAACAACACUCGCACACAACUGCACCAGAGAGCGUGUGUGUACGCUCGCGCCGACUGGAUGGACGAACGUAUGAACUUGCGCGAACGAGAUGGACGCAUUGCUAUGAGCACUGUAACCGAAACGAUCGAACGGACUGUGUGUGAAUGCUAUACACGGCUGGCGUUGCGAUGGUAGUUGUGUAAACGCUCUCUGUGUCGUGCUGUUGAAUGCGUGUUAUUGUUUAAAAAAUUGUGUUCGAAGCAUUUUACAGUGAACUAAGAGCUCCAGGCCUAACAAACAAUUCAGUAUACAAUCGAGCGGCGUCGAUAGCGCACGCGUUAAGUGUGAAUAACGAAAAUAAAAAGGAAGCAAAGAAACCAGCAAAACACAAGCGCACCAAUAAUAAAAAGAAGAAAAUAAAACACCAGAAAUAUUUCAUAUCGACAACGAGGAAUAACACAAACCAAAUUCACAACAAUUCAAAUUUGUAAUAAACAAGUUUUUGAGCCGAAUACUAGGAAUCGCCGGAAAAACAACAUUUUUUUCCCAUUUCUUGAAAAAUUAUCUCGAUUGCUCGUCUAAUUUCGAGAAACAUUGAAAUAUCCGACAAGAGCAAAUCAUAUUUUGUGAAUGUGCGCGUUAGACUCUGUUUUUAAAAUCAGCGAAAUAUCAAUGUUGUAAUAAGAAAGUUAAAAGAAGAUUAUUGAACACAAUCCAACGAGAGAGAAAGAAAAAUAAAACGAAAAAAGCAGUGCAUAAACAGAGAAAAGGUCAAAUACGGAAAUAAUCGAAGUAUUUCUGAAGUUACUAAAAAAAAUUCGCGAUAGAAAAAAACAUCUUCUGUUCGUUUUGGCAUCGACAAACAUUUGCGCUAUAAACUGUGUAUUGAGUGAGUUUCAUGCCCAUAUAGAAAAAAAAACACUUCCGAAGAAUUCAAACGAAAUUGAAAGUGUGCGCAUGCUCUCGCAACAAGUAAAACAAUCAAUUUGUUCGCUCGUUUGUGCUUAACGUGGAGAGAAACGAUACAUACACUUCUCUUUUUGUUUCAAAUACUUAACGGGAACUUGAACCGACACUAAGACAGAUUGAAAAGAAACUGUAAUCGCUUUUACGAGAGAAAAAAAAAAUUUGUAAAGCAAUAAAUACAUACAAAAACUGUCGCAUACUCAGUGGUUUAAAUUGCACUUCGUACUUGCGUGUCUACAACUGUUGUUUUUUGCUCGGCUCGCUAUCAGUUAUCUCGUUUAAAAAAUAGUGCAACAUUCGUGACGAAUUUGCUAGUUUUUUGUUUUUCGCUCGCUGCAGCCGACAUAAAAUACACAAGAAUUCAUCAUUUUUGCUCCCCUCUCGCUCAUCAACAACCAACUUUUUUUCGUGUGUUUAAUUUAUUUCUUAUCGCCCUCUCCUUCGUUCAUCAUAUAAUCUGUUUGUAGAGUUAUUGUAUAUUAUUUAUUAUCAAAGAAAUAUUUUUGCGACAAUUCAACCGUUUUUUUUUUGUAUGACAACAUCGUGCCGCGCAAAAUUCUCGAAAGAAACAACGGAAAUUCUGGUUUUCUUUCUUGUUUAGUGUGUGAAAAUAAAAAAGAUUUUGAAGAAGUGAAAUUUUUGUUGUGGGCAUUUUUCAAUUUGUUUGGCGAUCGGAAGAGUUAACGAGCUACGGCAGCAACACGAAAUAAUCAUUUUUCAUUUGACGAAUUAACAAAAACAUGUCGACAGCUAUUAUGCAAACCGGAGCCAUGGGUUGGGAUUACAAAUUCCACGACUGGAAUGACUCGAACGAUGUUGCUGAUAUUCAAUUAAAGGAUCAAUACAGCUAUGGAUCGAUUGCUCAUCAACAGCAACCACAAACGAUUGGCAACAACAGAGUCGCUCAAACCAUGCGAAACUCAGUUAGCUCAAUAAACAUCAAUGCCAACGUAUUGCACACACUCCCGAAUGGUGUGUCGAUUGGACCAGAUGCUCAAUUACUCCAAAAUCAAAUUGCCGUGAUCCAGCAACAGCAACAGCAGCAACAACAGAAGAUGUUACACAAUGCUCUCACACGAACCAUUUCACAUCAGCCGACCAACAGUGACUUACAAUUGUUGCAAUCAAAUCUCGAAGCGAUUUCAUCGAGCGAAUGCCAUCGCAAAUUGGAGAGAACCCAAUCGGAGCCAGCACCACAAGUCAAUUCACAAGUGAACACAUCCAGAUACAAGACAGAAUUGUGUCGCCCAUUCAAGGAAACUGGCGAAUGCAAAUAUGGAGAAAAAUGUCAAUUUGCUCACGGCGAAAAUGAGUUGCGUAAUGUUCAACGUCAUCCAAAAUACAAAACCGAAUACUGUCGCACAUUCUAUGGCGUUGGUUUGUGCCCAUACGGAUCACGUUGUCACUUCUUGCACGAUUUGUCCGACAACGAUGACAACAAUACACGUCCACACGGAAAUCGUGCCAAUGGCAAUCGCAAUGAAAAUUCAGCCGCCGCCGCCGCAUCGGCCCCACAUCCAACAACAAAUGCUGGCCGCCAAUUCAUUGGCAACAACAAAGAUGAUUCAAUUCGUAUGGCUGCACACUCGAACGGUUUCGGACGUAGCAUUACGUCGGCUGAAGUUGAUGCAAUCACAAAAGCUGCCCGUUUCAUUGGCACCGGCAAAGAUGAACCAAUGCCAAUUGCAAACCGUACAUUUGGCCGCAGUGCAUCCAUGAUGAACACCAAUGCGGUUGCAUCCGUUGGAGCUAUGCAUCCAUUGCCGAUGAGCCCACCACUAUCGAUGUCAACCGGUUCGGAUCGUGCCUCACCAAUUUGCUCGCUCAGUCCAACCAAUUCGAUUGCCAGUUUCCCAUUCACCGAUCCCAGCCUAUCGUUCGGUGUGAACAAUUUGAACAACGGUAUCUACACAUCGGGAUCAUUGCACAUUACACCACCUGCUUCUCCACCAGUCAUGAUGACUGUGACACCGCCACCAACGCCGGUUAUCACCGCUGCUGCCGUUGCAGCCAAUAACAACACCACCAAAAACGCUGGUGUCAAUGGCGACAAACCACGUUUGCCCAUUUUCAAUCAAAUCAGCUGCGCCAGCACCAUUGACGCCCUCAAAAAUUUACCAUUGUAAUUCACUAAUGCAAUAUUCGAUUGGGCCGCAUGACACAACGCACGUGUGAACACUUCAAUCUAAAGAGAGAGAAAAAACGAAAAGAAAGACCAACUAUUGAUUAUACACAUAAUAAGUCAACCAAACAAAUCAAACAAACGAACCUAUUUGCUAUUGCUUCGGUCAAGCGCAAUGCUUCUCUUUUUUUGAUCCGUUUAUUUUUGUUCUCUGUAUUUUCUUCUUCUUUUUUGGGCUGAACUGAUAUCGCACAAAAUAAUAUCGACUAUUUUGUUUGUACAUAAGUUUGCACACCAUUACACAAUGUAUACGCGUCAAAUGAGAGUAAGGAAAAUUAUGCCCCAAUCUGCAUCUGCACAAUUUUUGAUUCAAGUUUUUUUUUUUGCUGCAAGAGUUCGUUUUACUCGUGACUUUAUUAAUUUAAUAUCUAAUUUAAAGAUUUUUCUUAGUUAUUAUUAUUUACUUAUACAUUUAUAUUUCUUCCCCCGCUAAUUUAAAACAAAUCAUUUAUUUUGUGUUUUUCGCUGAAAAAAAAAUCGAAGAAAAAAAUGUACUGCAUUCUUUCCCAAGAAAAAGCAAAUGGUAUUCUUCAAAAAGAAUAUUCGCCAAUUUUGAAUAGAGAACACAUAUCAAUUGGUUAAUUAAUUUGUAUCAGUAGUGGAUUAAUUUGAUUAACAAAUCACACGAAUAGCAUAGGGAGUGUAGAGAAAGGAUGAAAUGAAAAAUAACAACCUCAAAAAUUAAAUGUGAUUUUCAGAGAUUCAUUCGCUUGGCUUGUUGUGCUCGUCUCAUGGGGUUAAAUCAUGGAAUACAUCUUCAGAUGAACACACCUGCAACCUUAUGAGCUACACCAAGCAGAAGCAAGUGAACUUGUCUCUGGUGAUUUAAAACUUCCUUUCCUCUUCGAUGUCAUCUUAUUUCAAAUACGCAUUAAAGCACCUUUUUUUAUAUAUAUUUAUUUAAAUAAUAUCGAUUUCAUAACAAGAACAACAACCUCAAAAAGAAGAAAAA